CGUUUAUUAUUAUUCUAUUCAAAGUCAAACUCAAACUCAAACCUUUUCUGUGAAUUAGGUUAUGUUGUGUGUUGUGUCGUGGCUCUGACUUAAGUUUAGUAUAGCGUAGGCUUAAAUAUUUCUCAAAUCAAGAACUUGAGUUUUUAACAAAGGAGCACAGUCAGUAAAAGGCCAGAUCUGAAGCAAAAAAAGCGGUACGGGCUAAGAAUAUCUUUGUAAUGACACCAAACCUGCAGUCCUAGAUCCAGUGUUGGAGAAAGUGAUACAAAAUCACACAUCAUGGCGGUGGUCAUUGAAACUACUGUCGGUGACUUCACUGUGGAUUUAUUUAUUGAUAGUAGGCCUCAAGCUUGCAAGAAUUUUCUGAAGUUGUGUAAAAUGAAGUAUUACAACUUCUGCCUGUUUCACUCGGUACAGCCAAACUUUUUAGCCCAGACUGGGGACCCUUCUGGCACUGGGUCUGGUGGGGAGUCUGUAUAUGGGCUUUUGUAUGGUGAUAAUGCAAGGUAUUUCGAAGCAGAAACCAUGCCUAAACUGAAACACAACAAACCAGGUCUUCUGUCUAUGGUCAACUGUGGAAAUAAUAUGUUGGGCUCACAGUUUUUCAUCACACUGGGGGAGGAGUUGGUAUCACUGGAUGGAGAGCAUUGCGUGUUCGGAGAGAUCUCUGAAGGGGCAGAGAUUGUAUUGAAACUGAACGAAGCCAUCUGUGACACACAGCACAGACCUUACAAAGACAUUCGCAUCACACACACAAUUAUCUUGGAGGACCCGUUUGACGACCCAUCUGGCCUGGUCGCUCCUGACAUGUCACCCGAGGCGACCCAGGAACGACUUGCUAAUGGCAGGAUCGGAGCGGACGAGGAGGUGGAUGAGACGCAAGGACUCUCGGCUGAGCAGGUGGAGGAGUUGCGGCAAGAGCGAGAGGCAAAGGCCAGAGCGACCAUCCUGGAGAUAGUGGGCGACCUGCCUGACGCAGAGAUGGCCCCUCCAGAGAACGUUCUUUUUGUCUGCAAACUAAACCCGGUCACAACUGACGAUGAUCUUGAGAUUAUAUUCAGUCGAUUCGGAAAAGUAAAAAGUUGCGAGGUUAUAAGGGACAAAAAUACUGGAGACUCUUUACAGUAUGCCUUUGUCGAGUUUGAAGAGCAGAAAGCUUGUGAGGAAGCCUACUUCAAAAUGGACAAUGUUUUAAUCGACGACCGCAGAAUCCACGUGGACUUCAGCCAGAGUGUCGCCAAGAUGAGAUGGAGAGGGAAGGGCCGAGGCGUUGAGUAUUUUGAUAGCAAGGAUCAAAGUAAAGAUGGUAGAAGCAGCAGGAAUAAGGAAAGAGAGGAUUCCAGAUCAAAAGGAGAGAGAUCCAGUAGACGAGAGAGAGAUAGAGAACAUGAAGAACGGGAAAGGCGUAAAGACAGAGGAAGGGAUAGAGAAGAGGAGAGAGGCCGUGAAAGGGAAAAGGAGAGAGUCAGAGACAGUGAUGACAGGCAUAGGAGACGAGAUGAAAGAGAACGCAGCCGGUCUGACUGGCGAAAAAAGGAUAAAAGGGACUACAGGGAGGAUGACAAGCGACAUGAUAAGAGAAAAGAAAUAGAAAGUUCACGUAGAAGGGAAGAUGACUCAAAGAGAGUUAGUAGCAGUAGCAGCAGUAGAAGAGUUGAAGAAAGGAAGCCUGAAGUUAAACGAGAAGAAAAGAGAUUGGAUACUAAAGAAAGCAAAGUGAUUAAUGGUAAAAGUAGUAGCCGCCAACGUGACUUUGUAAAAAGUGAUAGUGUAGAUAAACUUCCAGUUAAGACUGAAAAGAGAGAAAUUAUAAACAAAGAAGAGAGAAGUUCUAAAUACAAUAGUCCACAUCAUGUUUCGAUUAAAGAUGAAACCCUGUCUGAUAGCUUUAACGACAGUCAAGAGACUCAAACACCCAGAGAGGAUAGUGAAAAGAGUUUGAAUUUGUCUACAAAUAAAAAUGUUCCUGAAGUAGAAUGCAAAAAGAAUAUUUCGUCUAGUAGAAGAUCUAGCAAAGAUGAUAAAAAACCCACUGAAAGUGCUAAUUUGGAAGAUUAUGAAAAUGGUCAAGGCAGUGAAGGGAAAUCUAGUCUAAAAGAUGAGAAGAAAAUUACGACCACAAAAAGUUCUCAUGAAAAAGAUAAAAAGAAAAGUUUGAAAAGAAAACGCAAAGAGUCUGAGACAAGAAAAAGAAAAAAGAGACGACAUUCAAGCAGCAGUGAAUCUUCAAGUGAAAGCAGUGAUAGUAGUGACUCCUCAUCAAGCAGCGAUUCUAGUGACUACAAACAUGGUAAGAAAAAGAAGUUAAUUGUCGCAAAAAGGUACUAUCGUGGUGGCAAAUUAGUUAAGGAAAUUAAGAAGAAGAAACGAACAAAAGAUACUUCUGAUUCUGAAAGUGAAUCAGAAGAAUCUUCAGCUUCCGAUUCAAAACGGAAAUCAAAAUCCAAAAAAUAUAAGAAGAUUUCAAAUUCUUACAAACAAAUGAAGAAGAAAUCUGUGAAUUCUUCUGAAGAUAGUCGGAGUGAAAGUUCGUCUUCUGAAGACACAGAUGAGAAGAGCCAGAAAAGGAAGAAGAAAAAAAGUGAUAAACAUAUAAAGAGAAAGUCAAAACACUCUAAAAAGCGAAAAAGAAGGAAAGCUCAUUCAAGUAGCAGUUCUGACUCUGAAGAUAGUGACCAAAGUAAGUCUCAUGAUAAGAAACAAAAAAAGAUCAAAAGUUCAAAGCUAAGUACGAACUUGGUAACUACCACCAGUGAAUAACUGAGACUGAACAUACAUUUGGAAUUUGGACCUUUUUAAUAUUGGUUGUGGAAUUUAUAGCAUAGGUUGUAUAUUUUUUACGUAAUGUUGAAGAUUUUGUUGUAUACAUAAUUGCUGUUUUUAUCUUGGUAACUUUUUGAAAAAUAAGAAUUCAGUUAGCUUACCUGAGAAAUUGAAGCCCAACCAAUAGAUAGACAAACAGGAUCACAACACAUAACGCGUGUUUGUGUAUCUUUUAGCCUAUUGGCUCUAAAUAUUCUCAGAAUAGCUAAAAAAAUCAUUUCUAAUCUCUUCCAAAAUGCUAAUCAGCCACUUGGCGUCCCUAACAGGUAUAUUUUAUUACUUUUUCCAAUUACAUAUACUGAUACUUAAGUGGAAUUACACUGUUUACAAAAUUAAGGAGACAACAGAGGAUAAGCAGACUUACCUUAAAAAUUGUAGGCAUCUCACAUCACCAAAGUAACACAAAAGAAACCACAAAGGAAAUGUAGAUAUAUUUGGCAGUAAGUAAUUUUCAGCUUUGUUACCCUUCUUUAAAUACCAAGGUAAGUCCCUUAAUUAAGAUGUACUACUGGUGUCAAUGAAGAUUUUGGAAGGUUUUUUGCAGAGUACAGUAUCUCGUAUUAAACACAAAUUCUUGAUCCAGUUGCCAUUUGUCGUUGGGGUAUCGAUUAAUGAUGUUAUAUAACAAGUGACAUUGGAUGGUAAUAAAGUUUGAUCGUUAUCGAUUGAGAUGGGAACGUCACCUAGGUGCUUAUUUUACCUAAAAUGAGUGUAGAAUCAUAGACUAACCAACACAAGUAGACUUCCCCAUUGUAAAUUUUGAAGCUCGUUUUUCAUGUCUAGUUCAUGUCCACACUGGUGGCUAAAGUGUCGACAACAUUUUGUUUAUAUUAUUUUAGAGUUAAUUUUAUUAACUUUACUGCUUGGUUAUAUAACUAGAGGGCAAGUUAUUGUUUAUGAUUUUAUUGUUUUAUUUGGUUAAACGGGGUUUUAAAUGACUGAAAUAACAAGAAACAAAUUUUAAACAAAACACGACUACUGUGUACCAGACAGAACUAAUGAUAAAAUCGGCUUAAGCUAUUCCAUGAGGAUGGGUAAUCUACUAAUGAAGUAUGUUUUAUCUAUGGUAGAAUGGUGUGAGAUGAUAUGUGUAGCUUUGUUACUGACUGUCAGCUGUUUCAUCAGUCAGGAUCAUUUUUUCAAGCCCAAUGAUCAGGAAUGGCUGUGUCCAGUUACGAACCAUCAAAAAGCAACUUACAUUUCUCAGGAUCGAACCGGCGACCUUUUGAGUGUUAGGCGAGCACUUUAACCACUCACUCAGCUACCCAUCCAGUUUGGACUAGACUCUUGUGAGAAACGUAAAAAAUGCUAGUGGCUUAGAUACACACAUUAUAAAACAGUUUGACUUUUAGGUAUUGUUAAUUUAAACAUUAAAUGUUUUUAGAGAUCAAAAAUUGACCCUGCAUUUACUUAUUAGCUGUAAGCUUUAGAAAAAAUACUUUCCUGUUAUUUUUUUUACUUUUUUAUUGCGUUGUAUUGUAUUGUAGCCUACCUAAAGUUUACAUUAAAACAUUUCCUGAUAUACAGGCAAAAAUAAUUUACAGAAACAAUCCAUACCUCGUUUGUGUGUGUUAAACAUGAUAGAAAGUUUGUUUGCUUGUGUAAAGAAAGAUUUUAGUUUUUUACAAGCAUUCAUAAAAAAACCUAAUUGUAUUUUUUUGUAAGCUUAAACUUCUGCAUCGGAGAUAAUUAAGUUGUCAUCACAAAUUCCAAAUGGUAAAACAAUAUUUUUUCCAUAAAGGUUUGUAGUUUAAGGAAGUUUACUCCUCGAUCCAUGUUGAGUCUGUAGGUUGACUGAUGCUGUACAUACAAAUAUUGUCGACAUUCUUAUAGUUUAUGAAUUACAGGGUUUUAAUUUACUUCCUUUUUAACUAAGUUUCUGGUGGAUAAGUUUAGGAUUGCAAGAUGAAAUAAAUGUAUAGUUUACUUCCUGCCUUGAAAUGUUAAGUUCUAGCAGGUACAGAUACAACCUAUAUUUAAGUUUGUUAAUAUCUCAAUGUGUGAAAUAAUUUUUAUAUAGUGUGUAAGUAAAAUAAUUCGAUCCAUGUUAACAAUAUAUAUUGUACAGUACAUUACUGAUUUUAAUAGAAUGAUUUAUUUGUAUUUUUAAAUAAAGU